AUGGAGCCGAGAACGUCAAAGUCCCUGCGGCGCCGGCGCCGGCGGUCGCCCCUCGUCGCGCUCGCCCUCCACCGCCGCGCGGACGCCGUCAGCCCGCCGCUCAGGCACCGCCCGGCCAGCCCCGGCCCGCGCUCCGCCUGCGGCCGCCCGUGCACUCGCCGCCUCAGCCGCCGCCUCAGCCGCCGCCGCUGCGGUUUUCUCUGGCUGCCGCACUGGGACCGCGCGGCGGCGCCGUCUGCGCAUGCGCCCUCGCGCGGCCCGCCCCGCCCGCCGCCCGGCCGGGUCCCGGCGGCCCGCGGAGCAUGCGCGGUGGGCGCGCCCGCGCGGCUGGCCUCGCCAGUGCGCGUCCUGGCGUCCGGGCCGGGCUUGCAGCACCCGCUGGCCCUCCCUGCGCGGGAGGUAGGAAGCGGGGACGCGGGCCUCGCUGGGGCUUUCGGGCUUUCGCGACACGGCGCUGAGGCCGAGAGAGCUGAUUUUAUUGAAAUACUUGUUCGGGGACGCACACUUGGCCGCCAACAGAGUCCCGUCUCGUCCUCGAAGUGA